UUUGCAACUCAUCUUUAUAAAUCCAAAACCGACCCGGAAAGAACGAGAGAGAACCAACGGUGGCGAUAGACCUAAUCCCAACUCCAAACUCCCAUCUCAGUCGUCUCCUCUCCCCACUUUUCCAGCGUCCGAUCUCCUCGAUCCCCUUCGCUCGCGCCCAUAUACAAAUUCUCACUCUCUAAUUUUCAGGGUUCAUCUGCCGGUGGUUAUGGCGGACGGUCAGGUUCCAUUUCCCUUUCCGGGAAGCCCUGGCGGCGGUAGCCAUGAUAGCGGGGACCACAGCCCCGGCUCCAAGUCGAAUGUUCGGGAGCAGGAUAAGUUCCUUCCCAUCGCGAAUAUCAGCCGGAUCAUGAAGAAGGCCCUUCCGGCUAACGGCAAAAUUGCUAAGGAUGCCAAGGAGACCGUCCAGGAGUGUGUUUCCGAAUUCAUUAGCUUCGUCACCAGCGAGGCAAGCGACAAAUGCCAAAAGGAGAAAAGGAAAACUAUCAACGGUGAUGAUCUGCUAUGGUCAAUGGCGACUUUAGGAUUUGAAGAUUAUAUCGAGCCUCUGAAGGUGUAUCUCACUCGAUACAGAGAGAUGGAGGGUGAUACAAAGGGAUCCGCCAAGGCCGCUGAUAGCUCUGCCAGAGAUGCUGGACAACAUAAUCCUAACUUACAGGGACAACAUAUGGUGGUUCCAAUGCGAGGUAUGGAGUAGAUAUGGUUCUUCUUGGGGCUUUGACAUCACUCUUUGCCAACAGGUUGAACUGAAUAGACUUCAGAAUACGCAUUCUAAAUAUAUUUUAUCCGCAGAUCUUUACCACUCUUAUUGGGGAUUAUUAUUAAAGCCCUUGUAGCAGUAGAAAGUAGUCCAUGAUUAUUACUCGGUAAAUGUAUUAGUGUGCAAUGAUUUAUUACCCGGCAUUUGUUUAGUCAUUUUAUUGCAAUGAAACCAAAUUAAGUUAUGUAUCUACUUUCUACAGAUAUUAAGUUUAUGUUUAUUCCUUUUCCUAUAAAUGAGGGGAAAGUCAAGUGUUGUGCA